AUGACAACUCCCACAACUUUCUUCGAUUUAUCAUCCCUCGAUUCCGAUUAUAAUUUCUCUGUUAUUCAACAACUUUUUAAACAACCGAAUCUUCUCCAGCAACAAAAUCAAGUCGUAGAAGCUGAAAAUUCUUUCACUGAUCUUACCUUUCUUCCUUCGCAUCAACGACAAGUUGAGGUUCAACCUGCUUAUUUUAAUCAAGCUUAUAACAACUCAUUUCCAAUUCAACAAACCUAUAUCUAUAAUCCAACAGCUUAUCCUUCUCCCCCUUUGGAUGCUUCUACAAAUCUUCCCUCCCCCAGGAUUGAUUUUGAAGACAGUAAUAAUAGAUCAAUGAAUUCUGAUAAUUCUAACAUGUCCACCUCAUCUUCUACCGGUUUUCAAAUGGAUCGUCGUAUGAAUCUACCAGUUGCUCUCCUCCAACAUGUGAAACUUGAACCCGGUUCUUCUGAAGGAUCGCCCGAAGCAUGGUCUCGAGUUCCUGCUCCCGAGACGUCCGGUGCGACUCAUUUUCCGUUCAGUUCAUACUCAACAAAGCCUGUUGAUGAGCGUGCGAUGAAUCCAGCAUUUCAACAACCCAUGGGUUAUUAUGGUCAACCUCAACAUCCUGUAAAUUUCG